AUGGCUGCCUCGCGGACAUCACCGCUUGCCACUUCGGCACGCACCGCUGCAUUCACCACAUACCCGCUGAUGCCUAGCUCCACUUCUCACAGCCGCAACCACCGCGGUCGUCCCCUACUUCGCGUCGGCUUCCUCACGGACAGCCAUGGCCGUUGCAACUUCAGCCAUGGCAACUGCUCCUCCGCACGCUUCUGCAAGCUCAAACAUCCGCCGUCAACCCCCUCUCUUUCUAUCGACCUUUCCCUCUCCAUCUCUCUGUUUAUUCACCUUCUUCGCCAUGUCUCCAGCAACCACCAGAUCCGUCUCUCCUCCGCCGCCAUGUCGCCUUCUCCAGCAACAGCUAAAUUACUCAGUGUUAAGCUUGCAUUAUGGCAGGUGAUUUCUUCACUUACUACCUCUUUGAGGUUUGAUGGAGCUCUCAAUGUGGUGCCCAAAGAUGUGAAUGCAGUUGUGGCCACCGUAAAGACAAAGCGAACAAUUCAAUUUGUUGAUUGGUGCCCAACUGGAUUCAAGUGUGGCAUUAACUACCAACCACCAAUUGCUGUUCCUGGAGGUGACCUUGCAAAGGUGCAGAGGGCUGUGUGCAUGAUAUCUAAUUCUACCAGUGUUACUGAAGUAUUCUCCCGCAUUGACCACAAGUUUGAUCUCAUGUAUGCCAAGCGUGCCUUUGUUCAUUGGUAUGUUGGUGAGGGCAUGGAGGAAGGAGAAUUCAGUGAAGCUCGUGAAGACCUUGCUGCCCUUGAAAAGGAUUAUGAGGAGGUUGGUGCUGAGUCAGGUGAAGGAGACGAAGUGGAAGACGAAGAGUAUUGAUUUGAGAAUGUUGUUUGCUCAUCGUGGUUUCCUUCAUAGUUUGUCAUUCUAUGUUAUAUUAAUGUGCCUCAUAUGUCUUGAUGUAUGGGUUUAGUAUGCGUUCAAGAGUGGUUUGUCUCAAGCAUGUGCUACAAAAUUUCUUCCC